AUGGCGGCGGGUUGCUGCGGGGUGAAGAAGCAGAAACUCUCCAGCUCCCCUCCGUCGGGCUCGGCCGGGCCGGGCGGCGGCGGCGGCUCCCACUGCGGCGGGGCGGCGGCGGCCGCGGGGGGCGGCGGCGAGCCGGGGUCGCUCCCCCCGCCGGGCCCGGGCAGCGCCCGCCUCAACGGCCUCGGGGGGCUGGCGGGGGGCGCCGCCGGCUGCGCCCUGUCUCCGCCGCUGCCGCCCAACUGCGGCGGGGGCCCCGGCGGCCUCUCCGGCCCGGCCGCCGCCGCGCUGCUCUCCUCGCCCGGGGCCGGGCCCGGCGGCUGCAGGAAGAUGGUGGUGUCGGCCGAGAUGUGCUGCUUCUGCUUCGACGUGCUCUACUGUCACCUGUACGGAUACCAGCCCCCGCGGAGCCCCCGCUUCACCAACGACCCUUACCCACUCUUUGUAACGUGGAAAAUUGGUCGAGACAAACGAUUACGUGGAUGUAUAGGUACCUUUUCUGCCAUGAACCUGCAUUCAGGACUCAGGGAGUACACGCUUACUAGUGCCCUUAAAGAUAGCCGAUUCCCCCCAAUGACGAGGGAUGAGCUGCCACGACUUUUCUGCUCAGUGUCUCUACUCACUAACUUUGAAGAUGUCUGUGAUUACUUGGACUGGGAGGUGGGUGUACAUGGCAUUAGAAUAGAAUUCAUCAAUGAAAAAGGAUCAAAACGCACGGCCACCUACUUACCGGAGGUUGCAAAGGAGCAAGGAUGGGACCAUAUUCAGACCAUAGAUUCCUUAUUGAGGAAAGGAGGCUACAAAGCUCCAAUUACAAAUGAUUUCAGGAAAACUAUAAAACUGACCAGGUACCGUAGUGAGAAGAUGACCAUGAGCUACACAGAAUACCUUGCCCACCGCCAGCACCAUCACUUCCAGAAUGGCAUUGGGCACCCCCUUCCACCCUACAACCAUUAUUCCUGACACUGAGCCGCAUGACCAGUCCCUGGACCUCACAGCAGACCUCUUCCCAGGAGACCCCGCCCCCUCUUGGUCUAGCUAUCUCUAUUACUGUACCAUUUUAUGAUGAUAGUUUCCGUUGCCACGAUGACGCUUCUCCACGGCAGGUUAAGUUCACCAUGGCAACGGGAGGAAAUACUACAUCAUUACAAAGAGCCCUUCAUUCUUUUCUGUUUUUAAGUACUGAGUCACUGUGGUUUUUUUAAAAUUUUAAUUAAUUUGCAGCAUAUACAAUUCUUGGGAUUUUUAAAGACAAUUUUAAAUUUCUACUUCAUUAACAUUGAAUUAUAUCAAUCAAGGUUUUCUGUGAGACUGUGGAUGAAAGGAAAGAAGGGACUGGACUACUAAACAAAGCAUAAAAGAACUUUUCAUAAAACAUAUCACAUUUAGAUAAGGAACCAGACUUGAAGGAGGUCUGAGUAGGGCUAGCCAUGCAGUCCCUUUGUAUUCCCAUAAAACAAGUAAAAAGUGACUUGUUUCAUGUAUUGAAUACAUGACCCUUUGGUCCUAUCCUGCUAGGCACAAGAGGGACAAUGAGAGGUAAAUUUGAUUGAUUAUGAAUUGAGAGAAUGACCAUAGGAAGAAUUUCAGUGCAGACCAAGGUCAGGGUCCUUGUUCCACUGACUUUGGCAGGAUGUUUCCCUCAGAAUCAAUGGAACUAAAACCUCACCUCAAGUGCCUGAUCUGGGAAGGGAAGGAGCACCCUUUUCACCCGUUCACAUGCCAUGGGACUGAAGAGUGUCAAGUCUCCUUCUCUGGAUCAAACUACAAGUGGAGGGCACAACUCACCAGCUGCUGUUCUGCGCUGCUCCCAUUUUCAUUGGGGGGCUUGUAUGUGAACAGGUUUUGACUGAUUUGCACCAACAAGCACCAAUGCCUUUCUGAGGCUUCUGAGGAGGGAGUUGCUUUCAUAGCCAAAGUGGUUGGCUUGUAGCAGCUGUUAUGUGAUGAGGUUGGCGAGCUUACGUAUUAGUGCCUUUGACUAAGACGCAAGUUUCCUAAAAAUCAUAGGAAUAUCUCCAUGGCAGCAAAAAUAUAAGAAGUCUAAGCUCAGUUCCCAUCUCUGCUGAAAGCUGAUGGGGAAAUGGGGCUCUUUUGAGAAUAGAAUUCAGCAGUUUUCUUUCUGCCCAUUUUUGAUUGCAUUACAUUUAGUCCAGUUUAGUUAUUUUGCUGUUUUAAGAAACAGCAGUAGUGAUAAUAUAUUGUUCAGGUUUCAGGUAUUGUCUGUUACAUAGAAAUAGUACUGAGCUUUGAAAUAGCACAGUACUUUGAAACUGGCUGGCUUUCUGACGUGUGUGGAAGCAGUGGAGUGAGAUACUGUCCUGAUCACAUUCUCUCAACAGUUCUAAUAAUGGGGUUAUAAGGGGACAGUAUUCAUUCAGUUGGAAGUGCUGAAUAGUUUGGAACGCCUCGUCUUUCCUGGAUGUCUAGAAUCCCCUUUCUUCAGAUAGUAGUGAAGUGCAGGCUCAAGAGAUUACUAAAUACUAUCCUUUACUUAAAAGAUCUCCUUCACCUUGGAUGAGCCAAAUGUGUUUAGCAGAAAUCCCAGCAUACUUUAUGCAAGAAGUGUGGUUCUUGUGUGCAUACACAUAAGUGAAUAAAUAUGCAGAACCACACCUCAUAAAUGACAAGGAGCGUUAAGAAUUCUCUGCCACUUUUCCAUUUCAGUAGGUAAUUGGAUAUACACUUAUUGCUCAAACAUACAGGGAGGCAGACACAGCUGGUUCUCACAGGAAUCACCGUCAUUCCUUCAUCCACAGCAUUUAGAUGUCCAAAUAUUAACUUUCUGUUUCGAUGCCUUAAUCUUUAAUGAAUGGAAGGCCUUCCGGCAGACGUUGCAGGGUGGGGACGGGAGGUGGAGAAAGAACCGGCCGUCGCUUCUGUUGAAGCUGCUCAGUCUGUUUAGUUUCCACUUGGAGGGUUGGAAAGUGGAUUCGCCUUGAAGCAAAAGCCGUCAACCAGCGGCUAUCUGAUUGCAACUUUUCGUUUUUGCCCUUAAAGGGGGAAAUUGAGCACAAGCUGAAAAAUAUUCUCUGCUGCAAACAUUUGAAAAAAAAUCAGCCAUGGCCACCCAAUCUUGUCUUCUCCAUUAUCUCAUUACAGCUGUGCUUUUGGGUGAGCUCAUUGUUAGUUUUUUUUUAAAAAAAGAUCUAUUAUAUAUAUAAAAAUAUAUGUGUAUUUAAAGGUGCUAAUCAACCUUGAGCAGGUCACGUGACUGGUCAUGCGGACUCUUAAAAUCAUAUCAGAUUUUUUUAAAAAAAUCCUCAAUAUAUGCAGAUAUUAUACAGAAUUUCUUACCAGUGUAAUAAUGAUAUACUGAUUAAAUAAAAUAUCCUGCAGGGUUUGAAGGACGAGGUCAGCAAUACUUCCCAUCGUGGCUUGGGGGAGGGGGAAAAAAGGAUCAUUUUGUCUCCUUUUUGUACACAGCAUAAUGCACAAUGCGUUUUUGUCUAUCUCUCAGUAGCUGUUGCUCGUGGAGGGGAACUUAAUAGUUCAAAGGGGUUAUACAAACUGGAAAGGUGUGCUUUAAAAAAAAUGAAAAUCCUCCAGACCCUUCUGAACCUGUUUUCUGUGUUCUUUUUGAUAUGAGACAUGAGCUUUGGACAGAAGCUUCAGAGAUCUGGGAGUUUUUGUUCUUUAACAUACAUGGAUGAAUCAGUUUCUCAGUGAUGUAUUUUGCCUGGCACCUACCUCUUAGUAUGGAAGUGCCAUCAACACUUGAAAGGAUUAUGUUUUUAUGUAAUUGUCAGCUUAUUCCUACAGAAUACUUCACCAGAACAUAACAGGUCUGUUUAUCCAAAUCAAGAAAUGAGGUUUGAUAUUUUUUUGGCUGUUUGUUUCUAAAUAGGCAAAUUUAAAAUAUGGGACUUUCAUAUCACUUUGAACUGCACGACAGUUACCUUCCUCUUCUUGAUUGCUAAGCUUUGGACAAGCAUGGAUCAGUUUUUUGCCUUAUUUCAUUCCAAAAGGCGCUUCAGUUCUAGCUUUAAAGUUCGCUUUCUUCUCCCAUGUGGCAAGGCCGGUUGCACAAGUCUCUCUGGCUAAGUGACAGGAGAGUACGUCUGCCGAGCCUCCCAGUAGCUGGAAUUCUGCACAGUGCUCUGUGUUGCGCUCACACCAGCUUCCUGCUGGGGCUGCUGUGGGGCUGCGUUAGGGUAGAGGGCACCUGCACCCACAGUGUUAGCGGGAAGCAGUUGGCCCACCCAGCACACCCUGAUGUUUGUAUCUCACCCUCUUUACUUGUCUUCAACUGUGCGGGGUCUUGAAACUGUUAUCUGGAGUAGAUUACAUCUCUUGUGUGUUGGAUUGAACCAAAGAAGCCUCCAGCCAAGCCCACAUGCUGCUCCUGAAAAGCCUGCCUUCUGAUCCUUCCAAAGU